GACGGCGUGUGACCGGAAGUGGGGCUUGUGAGCACUUUCUGUGAUAGGGAGCGCAGUGUUUUGGGGAAGGAGACAGCCAGGAAGCUGCGGCUGGUGACCUGUGAGGGGCGCUGUGCGUGUCUUAGCAGAAGGUCAAUGCCUACUCGAGCAGAGGAUUCGCUCAUCCAGGCCUUAGCCCAUCUGUUACGCAAUCAUGGUGAAAGCGUCCUGAAUGGAUCCCGUGUAUUGACCCUCCUCACCCCAUGUCUCCAAGUUAUUACACGCCUGAUUGAACAGCUUUUCCCUCGAAUGCCAGGAUCUGGGUUCCAGGCGCUGCCGUCUCACCCCUCGGACAGUCCGUCAGUUCUGCAGACACAGUUCCUACUAGACAUGUUUCAAAAAGCACCUUCAUUAAAGCUGGUUCAUUCCACAGACUCCCCUGAUCAGCUGGAUGUGACUAUCUUCCCAUUUAAGUCGCUAAAAUGCCUUGAGUUGCGCUUUCUCCCGCCACACUGCCUCUAUGGCUUGAGGUCUGUGUAUUCUCGACUGGAAGUACUAAUCUGCUUCAAAUGUAUUACGACCUUACAGGAAGUGAUCUCCCUCUGUGCUGGGGAUCUGACAUCGGCCCUGGCCUGGCUAGAGUUACACACUCUCAAUUUCAGCUACAACAUGAUCCGCAAAUUAGAUGGUUCACUGGAAUUGUUAAACAGCUUGAAGACUCUGGAUCUAAGCCACAACCAUAUCAAAGACUGUGAAUCAUAUUUAAAGGUACUUGAAGAGCUCCGUUACCUGAAUUUGGGGUUUAAUCUGCUGACCACAGUACCAGAGAUUAGUACAGCUGCUACAGCCACUCUGCAAACUCUUGUCCUGAGACAUAACCAGCUAGCCACCACUAGCGGACUGGAACAUCUCACGAACCUGCAACACUUGGAUUUAUCCUAUAAUCUCCUGCAUGAUCAUAAACAACUAAAAGGCCUGAGCACGCUGCACAGCUUGAGAAAGCUCUUCCUUGAAGGCAACCCGCUAUACUAUCACAAGGAUCAUCAGCCAUUAACUGUGCAAUAUCUGUCCCCUCGCACCCUAAACAAGAUGUUCCUGGAUGGAUACUUAAUGAUUUCCUUAGAGUCAAUGAAAGCUGAAGAUGAGAUUCCCAACUCUACAAGUGACAGUCCCUCUCCGGUAGAAUUAUUGGACAGCUGUUCAGGAGUGGAAACAAAAGCUUCCUCACUGCCACGGAAAAAAUCAAAGGUUAAAGUUCGUACGGCCAGUAUCUCUGAGCCCAGUGACAAUGACUGUGACAGACGGCGACCGAAAAAACAGCCUGUUUUGCAGCACCAGGAAGUUAUCGAACGGACUGAGAUUUUUCGCAAUCAGUAUGGUGCUGACUGGCUACAGUACAGAGAUCACCUGGAGAGGGAACUUAAUGAAGAUAACCCCCAGAUCGAGAGUCUUCUUCCAGUCAGCCAAUCUCCAUUGGAUGCUGAGCCUUUCUUCAAGCCUAUGGCAACACCUGUAGAGACCAAGCAGACCAGUCCCUCCCCCACACAAGAGUUGCCUGAACCCCUUGUGGAGGUGUGUCAGGAACCACAUAACACAGACGUGACAGAAGUUAAGUUGCUCGACGAUGACGACGAUGAUGAUGAUGGCUUCUCUUGGGGAGAUGUAGCAGCUAGGGCAGCUGAAGAAGACAAAUAUGAAAUAGUGGAUCCACUGGGUCCCCCAGUAGCUGUGUCCCCAAUCCAGGAUGGGCGCCCGUGUUAUAGUGAUUGGCCUUUUAUUUUUUUCCAUCUGACUCGAGAGUGCUUCUUUGAGAUCGCCCUGGAUAGAGGACAGUUAUUGACCAAAAGGCACCUGUCCAACCUCAUGGAUGUUAAGACAUCUGUGAUACCCUGGACCUGGAAGGAUGAAGUGCAGGAAUUUCCGCUCAUUACUCUUUUCUUUGACUCGGUAAUUGAGGAGAGAAAGAAGGCGCAGUAUGUGGUGCUGGAUGAUUCUCCAGACGACUCUGCAAAGAUGCUGUGCGAUGCUUUGCGUCCCAUCAUUGAGGAAAACAAGAAAGAGAAGGAGAGAAAAGAGGCUGCAAAGCCAAAACCGUUAUACCGGUGUCUAAAGUGUUACAAAAUAUUUGGCCUAGAAGAAUACAAUAAUGCAGUCAAUGGUAAAAUAAACGGGAUAAACAAAGUGCGUGACUCACCACCAGGUUCUCCUACAGCUGUGGAUACGUGCCCUGGCUGUGGUAGUUCAUAUGUUAUAUUUUCACCGCCCCGUGAAGAGAGAAGCUUUGUUAACUCUCCACGUGGUGCCCACCCUGGCCAGGAAGAGCAGAAGUCUUCUCCCUCUGAGGAGGAAACAGACAGCCCUGGACCAUGCAACGGUGCAGAGAGCGGAGUGUUAAACACCUUAGACCGCGUACGGCAGGCACUAAAGCGUGCUUCAUUCAGUAGUGGGAAUACUCUAACGGGAAGCUCCAAAUCCAACUCUCCAUCUCCUCCAUCAAGCCAAUCAGUCCAUGAAGUAGAGCAGCCAUGGCAGCUUACCCCAGGUUCUUUUCAGACUUUAGAUUUUCGAUUGGUGGAUCAUCGUCUCAAGUUCCAUCUUGAUUUUGAAAUAAUCGUAGAACACCAGGAGGAAUACCAAUGCUGCUUUAAGGUCCCUGUUGUUCGUUUUGGUAAAGCCUCUCAUUUUUGUGGUCUGGUAGUUGUAUCAAACCAGAAAAUCUAUUUCUUAGAGAUUAGAGGUGAAAUCAGGGGAUCACCAUGUAACUGGGUGAAGCCUGGAGAUGUGUACAGCCUCGACUUGUUCACACACAUGCAGAUCGGCUUGAACCAGCAGACGCUGCAUCUUGGCUUUGAUGGCCCUGACGCUGCCUAUACCCUUCUGAUUGGGAAUCGAACGUACACCACGAUGUUCAGUCAGAACAUUCUGGACACCCUUUCGGAGCUACCGCCACGAUAUCUAAAAAGUCUUGUGCAAAUUCCUGAAGAGGUGGUCACACCACAGCACCGCAUCUGGCCGCUUUUAUGUGCUAAGCCAGGAGCUGAAACUCCCCCCGAGUUUAUGUAUAUUACUGUGUCUUUCCUAAAAGUGGAUGUUGUGAACCUAGCCAGGGACAAUUUGCCAGACUGUGAUCUUGCAUUUGGUGCCACCUUGGCACAGAGAGAAUCCUCUUCCAAGCCAGUAUCUCUGCUGAUUACACACACGCAUGCGUAUGUGCUGGAGGAUGCACACCAUUGGAAUCACUCUCCUCCAGCUGAAUCCAAUGACCUCGCAAACUGUCCAGAAUCCUUCCGAAUUAAAGAGAAAGAACCCAUUGUUGCUGUCUGUGCCGUGCACUUAUUCCCAUCUCAUCCCUGUCAUUUUCACAUCCGGAUACAUAACGAGCGUCCAGGAACAGAGACUGCUUGGCUGCUAUGGACACAGGAUUCACAGGUGCCUAAUGAAGUUGCAGAGUUUGUUCGGGCUCCGUGGGAAGCGUUGUUUAGAGUCUCGUAUGAUAAAGCAAUCAAUGACAACCUCAACUGUUGCACACCACUGCCUAUUCAGACAUGAUUUCAGGAUGUAGACACUGGGAGCACCACUCUCAUUAUUUGCACUGUACACUGGUUCAUGUGUCCUUAAGUUUCCCAUGUAAGUGACUUCAAGGACACACAAACUGUUGAACAAAGCCAAUU